UUCAUAUUCUUUAAUCAUCUCGAUUGUUUUAUUAUAAAUAUAAACGAAGAACUUGAGAACAUUAUGUUACAGUACUAACUAGAAGGUGUGAGAGUAAAUAGCACAGUUCAACGUUUCAGAAUAGACGCGUUAAAUCGAGAUAAUAAUAAAAAAGAAAUUAAUUUUAGUUCCACAAACCAAAGAGUUAAAGCGUGAAAAAUGUCGUUCUUACUUUUAAUUUUAAUCGGGCUGUUCGUUUUGUACAUCAGUCAAAUCAACUAUCGAAAAAUCUAUUUAUCACUCAAACUACCCGGACCAUUUCCUCUACCGUUCAUUGGAAAUGGUUUACUUUUCUUUAACAAAUCGCCAGCAGAAAUUUGGAAAACCUGUGAAAAAUUGGUUAAUGACUAUGGAGGCACUGUAUCCAUUUGGGUCGGUUCGGAGUUUGGAGUUCUGUUGACAAAUCCACGAGAUAUAGAAGUGCUGCUAACAAGUUCUAAGUUCAUUGAAAAAUCCGAGACUUACAGAUACCUGAAACCUUGGUUGCACGAUGGUUUAUUACUCAGUUCAGGUUACAAAUGGCUCCAAAGGCGCAAACUUUUAACGCCUGCAUUCCACUUCAAAGUUUUGGAGGAGUACACGAAAAUAUUCGAUCGGCAAAGUUCCGUUUUUGUCGACAUUUUGUCCAAAUAUAAAACCACUGACAAAGUAGAACUCUUUCCGCUGGUCGGCCUGUGUACACUGGAUGUUAUUUGUGAAGCGGCAAUGGGAAUCGAACUUAACGCCCAGCGAAAUGCCAAUUUGGAAUACGUUAAUGCAGUUAGAGAGAUUAAUCACAUCAUCACAUCUCGCAUAGCUAGUAGCUUCAAUCGUUCAGACAUAAUUUUCCGGUUCAGUUCAUUGUACAAACAACAGACAAAGACAUUGAAAAUUCUUCAUGGAUUCACGGAUGCAGUUAUACGAGAAAGACGACAAAAGCUUUUAGCCCAAAGAAAUAGUGCUCAAAGCGAUAGUGUAGUCAGUGAGGAUGAAGCUACAAAACCGACAACGUUUUUGGACAUCCUACUGCAAGGAAACAUUGACGGGAAUCCGUUGAGCAAUUCAGACAUUCGGGAAGAAGUUGACACAUUCAUGUUCGAGGGUCACGACACAACCAAAUCAGCAAUCUCAUUCUGCUUCUAUUCACUGGCCAGGUAUCCCGAAGUUCAACAGAAGUGCUUCGAAGAAAUCAGAAAUGUCUUAGGAGAUGAUCGAUCGAAAACGGUGUCGUGUAACGACUUGAAUAAUUUGCCCUAUUUAGAUUUAGUCAUCAAGGAAACACUUCGACUUUUCCCCUCGGUUCCAGUAAUGGGACGAAUGUUGAGUGAGGAACUAACCUUAGGCAAUUUUACGAUUCCAAAAGGGACAACCUUGGGAUUUUCUCCCAUUCAGUUGGCUCGCCUUUCAAAUUUAUUUCAAGAUCCACUGGAAUUUCGGCCGGAACGUUUUCUAGAGGAUACUACUACAGAAAAGUUCACGUUUUCUUAUCUGCCCUUCUCUGCUGGACCAAGAAAUUGUAUUGGACAGAAAUUUGCAAUGUUAGAACUGAAAGCUGUGGUGUCGAAAGUGGUAAGACAUUUCGAGAUUUCCUUGGCCGAAGACAGUAUGUCAGAUCCAGUAUUAAUCGGAGAAUUGAUCACAACUUCGGAGGAUAUAAUUAAUUAUCACAUUAAGCCAAGAUUGUAUUAAGUAAAUAAAAUUAGUUAAAAUUCAGAUGGCGCUACUGUUUUCA